CUCCCUUAAGGGUGUGCAAGGUGUGCGGCUGCACCCUUGACUUUUUCUGAGGGGCGGCACUUGAGGAAAAAAUUAAGAAAAAAAAAUUCUUUUUUUUAGAUUUUUCAACUUUUUUUUUAUUAAAUGAAAGUUUGAGUAGUUUUCGGGUUAGGUAUUUUGAUUUUUUGACGAAUUCUUAUAGUGUCAAUGUAACUCACUAGAUGGAUAAUAUGUUUUGUAGUUCAAGCAGACUAUCUUAAAAGUCCAAGUUUGAGUUUGAAUUGGUUAAGUCACGACUCAGGUACGUAUUUAUAUUUUACUUAGAUUUAACAUGUAUAAUUCUGAAUUUUAGUUGUUUGUACAAGAAUAUUUUACUCUAAACCUUUAGCUUUAAGAAUUGCUAUGACCUAUGAGUGAUCAGCAAGUGAAAAAGAGACUUCGGCAAUCAGGUUCGCAAUAUCGAAUGCAGAAGCAAAGACGAAGUGAAGAAAAUUCUAAGCAAGGGUCAGCUCUUUUACAGUUUUUAAAACCGGCAAACAGUAAUAAUAAGGAUCAACAACAGCCAAAAGAGCAUAGCCAGCGAGAAGAAGAGACUGAAGAGUUAGAAAACCAAGACCUAGAUCUAGAAUUACUUCAGGCUGAGACGGCAGGCCCUGACCCCGACACAGAAAAUAAUCCAGAUAUUCUGGAAAUCUCAAAUUUAGAUAUCACUGUCUUUGUAGAGAAAGUCAGCACUGAAGGUUCAUUUGACGCUGAAGAUCCUGCUCUGUGGCCAACGAUUAUAAAUGAAGAUUUACGCCAAACUUUAGUGAAAAAAGGCUUUCGUCAAAUCAAAAAUUUUGAAUAUCCUAGCAAUGAAAAGAAGAGAAGAUUCAAUGAAAGAUUUUUUAUUCGUCGUACGCCAAAUGGAGAAAUGGUUCCAAGAAAAUGGCUUAUGUAUUCUGUGUCAGCAGACUCUUUAUUUUGCUUUUGCUGCAAACUUUUUUCCAACGAAAGUACUUCAUGGACUAAGAGAGGUUUCGAUGACUGGACCCAUACUUCAACUGCAUUGGAAAAACACGAGAAAAACCAAAAGCAUUUUAAAGCAUUUGGUGAUUGGAAGGAUCUUGAACUUCGACUAAAAACUAACUCUACUUUAGAUCACAUAAACCAGAAGAUCAGAGAUGAACAAGUAGCAUACUGGAGGAAUGUAUUGCGCAGAAUAUUUUCGGUGGUUCGAUUUCUUGGAGUUCAAAACCUGGCCUUUCUUGGCAAAUCUCACAAGAUCUUCACUCCUGGAAAUGGGAAUUUUUUGAAAACCAUUGAACUUCUGGGGCAAUUUGACGACAUUACUAAAGAACACCUUCGACGGUCCGCUUCAAAGGAAACCAGUGUUCACUAUCUUGGUCCGACAAUCCAGAACGAAAUCAUUUCUGUUCUCAAAGAGCUUAUUUUGAAAAACAUCAUCGAUCGUCUGCUUGUUGCUAAAUAUUACGGAAUGAUUGUCGACUGUACUCCGGACAAGAGCCAUCAAGAACAGAUGAGCAUGAUUCUUCGAUUCGUCGACAUUACUGAAGCUUCUCCAGGUGUUCCAGCCCAAGUAAAAAUUUGUGAACAUUUCGUUGGAUUUUUGGUGGUAGAUCGAUCUGAUGCUAUGAGUCUUCUUGCCGUUAUAAAACAGCAUUUGGAAACACUCAAAAUUCCCUUAGAAGAUAUGCGGGGUCAAGGCUAUGACAACGGUGCAAACAUGAGCGGUAGACAUAACGGCGUUCAAAAGCGAAUCCAAGAUCUGAAUCCGAGAGCUUUGUUUGUGCCUUGUAACGCGCACAGUUUGAAUCUCGUUCUUAAUGACGCUGCAAGCUGUUGCGUAGCGGUCGUUUCUUUUUUUGGCAUUAUUCAAGCCCUUUAUGUGUUUUUCUCUUCGUCAACUAAACGCUGGCAAGUUCUUCUUCAAUUUGUCCCUAACCUAACACUUAAGCCAUUAAGUGAAACUCGCUGGGAAAGUCGUAUCGAUGCCAUCAAGCCCCUUCGCUAUCAACUUGAAAAUGUGUAUGACGCCUUACAGCAUCUGGCAAACGAUGAAACUUUAGUGGGGCCCAAUGGAACAAAAACGCGUGCUGACGCAUUUGCACUAGCAACAAACAUCGCCAAAUUCAACUUUAUCUGCUCUCUUGUUCUGUGGCAGAAUGUUCUUUUUGAAAUUAAUGUUACUAGUAAAAUUCUUCAACGAGUGGAAACAGAUUUGUCGCAAGCCACAAAACCUCUGGAUCGAACAAAACAGUUUCUCGUCAAUCUAAGAUCCGACGAGGGCUUCGCUGGAGUUAUCGCUACUGGUAAAGAACUUGCAGAAUAAAUAGAAGUUGAGCCAAAUUUUCCAUCUGAACCAACAGUCCGAGUUCGUCGAACUCGUCGUCAAUUCAAUUAUGAAUCAAGAGAUGAACCGAUUUUGGAUCCAAUGGCUAAGUUUCGGACGGAAAUAUUUUUUUACGUGAUUGACACUGCCAUUAAUUCAGUCGUUGAAAGGUUUGAUUUGUUAAAUGAACACAAUUCUCUUUUCCGUUUUCUAUACGAUAUUCCAACUAUUCAGAAACUUGACGAUUACCAAUUGAAAACAUGUUGUACUGCCUUAAAUAACGCAUUGUCCGUCGGAGAAAAAUGCGACAUUUCUCCAGAUGAUCUUUUUAUCGAAUUGCGAUCUCUCUCCCAUCGAUUUCCUUUACCAAGCGAAGACGGAAAAAUAAUUGAUUCUAGUCCUCUUGCUGCCUUGACCUUUAUCGUUCAAAAUGGAUUGUCGUCAGUUUAUCCUAAUACUGUGAUUGCAUUACGAAUUUUGCUGACCCUUCCAGUUUCUGUUGCGCAAGGAGAAAGAAGUUUUUCCAAAUUGAAACUAAUAAAAACAUAUCUUCGCUCA